AUGGGAUUCUACGGUGUGAUAGAUGGGAAUUCCACAGCACAGAUCCGCGGGUUCACCUGCAACCCACAAAUCGACGAAAUCGAUGCGACAACCUCGUUCUCACUCCCCGGUCUAGAAAUCCAGUCUGCGGCCGCGGACGACUCAACCAGCCGAGUCUUUUCAACAAAUAUCUCCACCACUCUCAAAUUCGAAAGCUUCCUUUCCCAGCCUGUCAACAAGCAAGACCAAGCGUUUGACGCCUUUUUCUCCGCCAUACUCAAUGACCAAAAAUCCCUCUCCUUAUCCGACAUCACUGACCCAUCCCAUUACUCCACCGUCAUCAACGCAACACAACAUCUCUACCGCACCCUUAUGGCCCAGGCCAUGAAUGGCAACGCACGAAUCCCAGCCAGUGACAACCAAACUACCUUCCCGAGCACAAUCGUAGACCCGAAUCGUACCCGUCUCACGCAGAGUGCUAUAUCUACCCGCAUCCUUGAAGCUUUUCUCGCUGCUAUGGUCGUGUCCACCCUAGUCGCAUCCUACUUUAUGCAGACGAAAGAAGUCCUUCCUUUCAACCCAUGCAGUAUUGCUGGCGCGGGGGCGCUCAUUGCUGGAUCGGAUGUGCUGAAGAGUGAUACAUUUCCUGCUGGAUCAGAAUGGUGCGAUGAUAGGGAAAUGCUUCGAAGGGGGUAUUUCUCAGGAUUGGUGUUCGGGUUAGGAUGGUGGGCUGGAGACGACCCGAGAUUUGGGAUCGAUGUGGGGAGGGCGACAGAGGAGAGGGAGUAG